CUGUGUGUGUUUACUAUACUUUUCUGGGAUGCAUGGGUUAAAUGUAGAGGUUACAUUUCGAGUAUGCGUUUCAUACUUGACAAGCUUGUCACUCUCACUUUUUUCACUUCAUUGUACUUUCCAACAUCCUACCAAACCCACACAAAGAGAAAAUACCUUUGAAUUGUGAUAAGCAGUCAACGUCAGAAGAAAGCAUUUCACAAGUUCUGAUGAUGAUACGUUUGAUAGUGUGGGCGUUUGCCCUUACCGUAGUAGCUGGCAAAGAGGUACCCACAUUGGUCACGGCAGCCUGUAGAGAUGAUAUCAUUUUACCAUGCGAUGCCCUUCAAAUGGGUCAAAACUACACCUCUGUUACUUGGUACAAGGUCUAUACAAACCAAAUUGUAAUCCUCGUUUCCGAAAAAAAUGUAUUUUCCCAAACUGAUAAAGGAAACGGUUCUGUGUCCCUGGGUAACAAUGCAUCUUUGAUCUUGUGGAAGGCUGCUCCUACAAAUGCUGGAAUGUAUGAGUGUUAUCUUAGAGCAAAAGCUGGACACAAUUCUGGUCGCUCUCACAUUGAAUUGAAUAUCUCAGAUUGCGUGGCAACUCCAGCUUCACCUAUCUUUAAUUUGUCCAACCAUUUCAUUAAUGGCACUAAUUUAUUCUUCACUAAUUAUAUGAAUACCACUAAUUCAUUAAUGAAUAGCAGCCAACGGACCCCUGGAGAUGGCAAUGAAGAGCUUUAUGUAAUUUUGGCUUUCUUAGGACUAGCACUGAGUAAACUACUGCUCAGUGCAUUAUGCAUUAAAGUAUCCGAGGAGCUCAAAGCACUUAGGAGAAGACAAUGAGGACACAGAUAAGACAAACUAUUAUUUAUCAUCAUUUCAUCUGUUUACAGUGUUUGUGAACCACACACUCAAAAGGCAGUGUAUGGGUUUACAGUAGUUAUUUAAUAAAUAAUGUGUGAAAUUGCUUGUAAUCAUAAUGUGUAACCGGACUGAUUUGUUAUGCUGCUGUACUCUAAUAACUUUACACACACUUCAUGUAAUGACUUAUUUGUAAAAUAUGGUAAAACUGUAAAAAAACCUUUUCAUACUGUAUUUGUCUUCUUGUGAUAUUUAAAAAAAUUAUAUGAACUGAAUAGUUUUAUAGCAGUAUAAUUACAAUUUAUAUAUUGUGUAAAAUAAUCUGUACUGUGUUUGCGUCUGCACUAAGAAAUAAUGUCUUGUGCGUCUUGGCAAAUUCUAAGAUCCUAGACAUUUUUAAGAGCAAUAAAAGGCAAUUAAGUUGUUGGCCAACAGAUGGCAGUAAAUUAAAGGGUAUCCCUUCAAUUCACUGGAUACAUGACCUUAACAUCAAAAGAUUUAUUAGCUCCCUCUUGUGUUCAUUGCAGUAACAAACGAUAAGCACUGAAAUCCGUGUGUCUGAGUGCAGUCCUUCUGAGUCUGUAACCAAUGCAGUAACAAUGGUAUGCACAACUUCUGAUGAUAAGAAUGUUACAUUUUUACAAAGUUAUAAAGAAGAUCUAAAGUAUUUUUUAUUUCCUAUUUGUCACAUUCAUUGUAAGGUUAUGUGUCAUGCGAGGAGACAGUCUGAGGUCACGUUGCAAGUGUUUUCUCCUUUAUGCAUGCCUUGUAUUCGCUGCAUGGAACUUAGGAAAAUAAUGAUUCAUUGAUCAUUCAUCUGCAGUCUCCGAUGUUGACUUCUGCAUCCUGUUGAGAAGUUCUGAGAGCACAGUCAUUCUGCCAGCCCUCAUGUAUUCAGUAAUGCUGCUGAUGUGUGUACAAACCUAAUGAUUUUCCCCCUGCUAUGCAAUGUUUGUCUGUCUGGGUGUACUGAGGGAUUAAAGCCAUAUCAAUGCAAAACAUAGUCAUGACUAUAUUUAACACAUUAUUAAAUCCUGUGGUUUUCAGUCUUGCAUUUAUUUAGGGUUUUAUACCAACGUUUAAAUGGCCAAUAAUAUACAUACAAGACUUU